UUGUCGUUCGAGUACAACAACACCCAGAAUCCACCACCAAAGAGGCCAACUCGAAUACAAGAGACCCCUUUUGGGUGGUGGAUGCCGGGAGUUGUUGUACUUUCUUAUGCCAGCCAACAAGGGACUGUUGUUGUUGUGUUUCAAGUUGGUAUUUCAGGGAACUGAAUCAUGCCUUUAGUCAAAAGGAACAUUGAACCUCGGCACCUCUGCAGAGGAGCUCUGCCUGAAGGAAUUACUAGUGAAUUAGAAUGUGUGACCAAUGGUACUCUUGCUGCUAUUAUUCGCCAACUAAGCAGCUUAAGUAAGCAUGCUGAAGAUAUAUUUGGAGAGCUCUUUAAUGAGGCCAACAACUUCUACAUCAGGGCAAAUUCUCUUCAAGACAGAAUUGAUCGACUUGCUGUCAAAGUUACCCAGCUGGAUUCAACAGUGGAAGAAGUUUCAUUACAGGAUAUCAACAUGAAAAAAGCAUUCAAAAGUUCUACAAUACAGGAUCAGCAAGUGGUUUCGAAGAACAGCAUUCCCAAUCCCAUUGCUGAUAUUUAUAAUCGCAGCGACAAACCACCUCCACUGAAUAUUCUUACUUCAUAUAGAGAUGAUAAAAAGGAUGGCCUAAAAUUCUAUACUGAUCCUUCCUAUUUCUUUGAUCUUUGGAAAGAAAAAAUGCUGCAAGAUACAGAAGACAAAAGAAAAGAGAAGAGACGACAAAAGGAGCAAAAGCGCAUAGAUGGCACUGCUCGUGAGGUGAAAAAGGUUAGAAAAGCAAGGAACAGGCGGCAGGAGUGGAAUAUGAUGGCAUAUGACAAAGAACUUAGACCAGACAACAGGUUAUCUCAAAGUGUUUACCAUGGAGCAUCAUCGGAGGGAUCUCUGUCCCCUGAUACUAGAUCUCACACCUCCGAUAUUACCAGCUACUCAUAUCCUGCCACUCCAAAUCAUUCCAUCCAUCAGCAGCCAGUGAUGCCUUCAUAUGGAGCAGGAGAUGGACCUCUGUAUAUGCUUGCAAACCAGGGCCUUGAACAUGAAUAUAGGCCACCUUCUGCAACAAUGAGACAUGCUACUUUGAACAGACCUCAGCAACCACCUCCACCCCCACCCCAAGCUUUAGAUGGAUCUCUUGGCACUGUAGCUUUGGUACCAGCAGAUUAUGGGAUGCUUGCAGCUCAGAUGGUGGAUUAUUACAAUCCUUCAGGACCCCCGCCGCCUCCCCCUCCACCCAUGAUUCCUUCUGCACAGACCGCUUUUGUUAGUCCUCUCCAAAUCCCUGUGCUACCUUCCCAUCCUGGACUAGUGACUGGAUCUAUGUAUUCUGCUGCUCUUCAUCCUCCUUCUACUGGGCUUGUUGUUACAGCUCCCCCUCCUCCAGGCCCGCCUCCUCCCCCUCCAGGCCCUCCUGCUGCAGGAUCCUCUCUCUCCUCCUCUCCGAUGCAUGCUCCUGCAGUGGCUGAGGCAAAACGACAUGAGACCACGCAGUCACCCAUCAAUGAUGCUCGAAGUGACCUUCUGGCUGCUAUUCGGAUGGGCAUCCAGCUGAAAAAGGUGCAAGAGCAGCGGGAACAAGAAGCCAAGCGUGAGCCAGUUGGAAAUGAUGUGGCCACAAUUCUGUCUAGACGCAUUGCUGUGGAAUACAGUGAUUCGGAUGAUGAAUCAGAAUGUGAUGAGAAUGACUGGUCAGACUGAGAUGAGAAUACAGCACCAAAGCGUGCUAUCAGUUUCUUAUAGGAAUUCAUUAAUUUUAUGUGCACAGUAAUCUAUGUUGGCGCAAAUAACCUAACUUGAUGGUGAUCAGGAUGCUGUCAUUUAGCAAAUAUUGGUUAUAAUAUAAUGCAUAUGCAAAUCCCAGUAUUCUGUUUUCAGUAUCCACUUCAGAAUAUGCAAAUGCCACUGAAUGUAGCAAAUUGUGUUCUGAUCCAAGAGAAGGAACUAGCUGAAAUUUCUUGACCUUGAACAUUGUAAUAUAUAAUAUUUGCAUUUUAUAAACAGUAUUUUCAUACUAAUACAAUUGUUAGAAUUGGGAGGCUAAUUGUGCUAAAACAGCAGAUGAUUUUGCAUUUUUGGCACACCUUUACUAAAAGGCAUAAAAUAGGUAGCAGCUCAAUGCCGUUUGCUUAUUACUUAAAGUUCUGUUCUGCGUCCCCUGUAUGUAACAGGUGAAUGUUUACAUCACAAUUAUACUUUUAAAUGUUUGGGGUUAUACAGAAUGCGGUAUGUGUGAAGAAAUGGAAAGACAUGUGGAAAUGCUGGAUUUUCUGCUUGUUCCUUAGCUCUCAGAUUUUUUGGGAGUUUUCAUUAUCUUUUAAAAACUAAGUUACAGCAGGCAGAUUGAAGCCUCUUUUUAAACGAAUAUUGUAAUUGAGUUUAUAUUUUUCUUAGGGAUACAUUGAUUCAGCCCCAUGUUUGUUCCAUUCCCAGUUUUUGAGUGACCAGAAAAAAAUUAAUUCUGGUACUGGCGUCUGAAUACAUAAUCAAAUAUUAAAGGAUGAGUAUCAAGUCAAGCUGACAAUAUAGAUAAUUUGUUACCUCUUGUGUACAGUUUACAGUGCUGCAUAUAUUAUAUUUUGAUAGACACACAAUGCCUUUAGUCAGCUUAUGGGUGCACUUAUGUCAUCUUUAUUCUUGUGUGCCCCCUUGUUACAAGCUAGCUUUUGUAUUUAGUUUAUUGUUAUAUGCUAUCAAGUCAGCUUUGACAGAUAGCAAGUCUGUGAAUGAGAGACCUCCAAGAGACCCUGUUAUUGCUCAGGAUUUGCAAGCUUAGAGUUGUGGCUUCCUUAAUUGAUUCCAUCUACCUGUAAUGCAGUCUUCCUCUUUUCCUGUUGCUUUCAAACUUUACUCAGCAUGACCUUUUCCAGUAAGUCCUGUCAUCUCACAAAAUAUCCAAGUGCAACAUUUUCAUUUUAGUCCUUUUGGCUUCUAAUGAGAAUUCAGGCUUUGUAGUUGGAUCCAUUUAUUUGUGUG